AUGCCGUCACUACUGCUUGUAGUGUUCAUACUACAGUUCCUCUUGCACAUCAUCAACACAGUGGGCGCGACGACCGUCGAUGAGCUUCUAUGGAUCCUUUAUAACAAGUUCCCGACGCCGACCUCGAGUUCCGCACGAAAGGCUCAGUCCCUUAAGAAAGAAGUCGUCCGACUGAAGCGCGAAUUGGGUGCCGUGUCUGCACAGGACGACUUCGCAAGAUGGGCGAAGCUACAGCGUCAACAUGAUAAAGCUAUGGCAGACUUCCAGAAGUCAGACAACUCCAUCCGCACGCACCGACAAACGUUCACAUCCGCCGUCUCCACUCUCCGCUGGCUCGGAACACAGGGCCUUCGAUUCGUCCUGCAGUUCUGGUUCUCGAAGUCGCCCAUGUUCUGGAUACCUCAGGAUUGGGUGCCAUAUUACGUUGAGUGGCUGUUGUCCUUCCCGAGGGCGCCGCUGGGCAGCGUCAGCAUUAAUAUCUGGGGCAUUGCAUGCGCGAGCAUGAUCGCAUUGGUCGGAGAAGCCCUCACAGCUACGUAUGUACUCGCGACGCGGAAGCCUCUUCCGGUCGGAGAGAAGGCUGGACAGCCCAUGGCGUUUGAGGCGAAGCCCCAACAGGCACAGGAGCCAAAGAAGGAGCUAUGA